UGUUCACUAUUGUGUGCGGCUGAGGGAAGAAGAAAAAAAGAGGAGGGAGCAGAGGAGGGAAAGAAAACCUGUCUCUUUGUGUGGGAAGGACUCAGCAGGAAAGUGAUUUUGUGAUUAUUUGAGUUUGCCUGCAAAGCAAGGCUCUUCCCUCUGACCUGCAACAACAUCUAGUCUACUCUGCGCCUCUGUUGCCUUACACGAGUCACAUAUGAGUGUGCUUCUCAGGCCGGCAAACAGCAACACCGGGGCUUCUCCUGAUGAUGAGAGCUGACGUCAGACUGGUUUCCAUGAAUAUUGAUGUGGAGGAUAGUCUGUUUCAUAGAAGAACAGAAGGAGGCAAGAUGGCUGCCCUUUAGGAUUUGUUAAAGAGGAGAUCCAGACGGUUUGUUGGAAUUUCUACAAAGUGGAGGGACGUAAAAAGGAGGACGGACAGAGGGCAGCCCUGUGGAUGGACUCUAAGCAGGCCAGAUGGAAACAGAACAGGCCAGAUAUGAGACGGAAGAAAGUCUGAUAUUAGCACAAUUUGGCUCAUCUCACAACAUCUCUCACAAACUCCAGAAUGGAAGCCAGUCUUCAGAGGGAGAUUCUCUGCAGAUCACUGGGGAUACGAACUGGAACCAUUACAAGCCCAACACAGGUGCCAACUCCAUGAAGAGGCACAGGGAGAACCUCAACAGCCCUGCUUCAGUUCAUGGGCUGUUUGAUCAAGGAUCCUACAUGAUGAAUGGAGAAUUAAUGAAUGGAGAGUUGAAGCAUGCACUCAAUGAGCAGUCCUUACUGGUCCAUCAUCCCAAGAAACUUAAAGUAGAUUCUGAGAUUAAAGGAAAUGAUGACAUGAGCUCCAGUCUGGAGGACAAUUUUCCUGAGUUGACAAAGGAAACAGAAUUUGAAUGCAAUAUCCCACAGACAGAGAUUAAGUUAGACAAGAGGAACUGUAAUUUUCCUAAUGGAGAUAUAUUCAGUCUACCAAGGAAUAAACAAGUUUCGAUUCCAAACGGUGCUGUAUCCCCCCCCUCAACCAUAGAAAGCACUCCAGGUGAUCUUUUAGAGAAAACUCUGUCUCAGUAUUUUCCUGAGCAAGUGUCAAUUGCAUCACAAACAUCUGGGCCACAGCUAGAUGCUGUCAAUGGUUCACUGGCAAAUAAACUGUCCAGUGAAGGUGCUAAACCCCCCUCUUUAACCUCAGGAUUGCCCAAUUCAGCUCAGAUGCCUGACUCACAGCAACAGCAGCCUGGGGCAUCAGGCAAUGUUGAAGGAGGCAACAAUUAUAACUCUGUCAACUAUGUAGUGAAUGGAUACUCCAACAAUUUUGAAGCAGAUCACCAGCAGCAACAACAACAGCAUCAGCAGCGGCCACCAUCUUACUCUGGUCAAGAGCUGUCUCUAGGUCAGCUGCCUGGCAUGAUCCCACCUACAAAUACUGCCAAAAGCUCACAACAUCAAAAUGGCCCACAGUGUUAUCCAGAUGACACAAACCCUCAAGGUAUAUAUGCGAAGGCAAACCAAGAGUUUAACCAGAACUCUUUUCUGGAACGCAAUGCUACUCUACAGGCAGCAGAGGCAGGUAGAUAUGGAUCUUUUCCCAACUCCGGUAUACAGAAGAUGGGGCAAAGUGAGGAACCCAGGUCUGGUCAACAUCAGCACCAUGGCACUGACAGGGGCCACCAGUAUGGGAUACAACCCCAGACCUUAAAACAAAAAGCUGGGAACCCAAAUGGAGCUGACAGUACAGGACCCAUGGGGCCCAGUCUCCAACAGCCAUGUCAUGCUGGGUUAGAAAACGGGAUGGAGAACACAUCUCAGCAGAGAGCCGACUUAUCAUGUUCGACUCCCCACCAGAGAGGCUGGAUAGAGCUGAACUCUUCACAUUCCCAGCAGCAACCAGCAAGUGGCCAGCCAUCCCAGGCACUAGAGCAGGACAUGUGGAGGAGCUUCCCUGCUAAGCCUCAGUCAGAGCAGCAGACACCUAACCCCCAGGUUCACUGCCAGAUGUUGGAGCCAAAUCCAGCGCAAAGAUUCCAGACACAGGGAGUUUUCACAGAUAGCAGCCAGGGGGCUAACGGCUUCCAGCAGCAACAGCAGGACUGUCUCCCAGCCCAAACACAUUGUGCUCCAGUCCAGCACAACACUGCCCCUGAGUGGCAGCAAUCAAAUUCUAAAGCACCACAAAUGCAGCAGCCUCUACCCCAGAAAAUGCCUGAGCAGCAUAACUUCCCCCAAAAUCAGCAGGCAGACAGCUGCUACCAUACCCAGAUGCAGUCAGAGCACUUAUGUGAAGACCCUGACCUGCAGGAAAUACUGUCACCUGGGUUUUUAGCAACACAGCAACAGCAGCAACAACAGCACUGUCAUCUUCAACGUCCCCUGUCCCACCCACCACAAUUUGAAGGCCAGCAACUCAAGUCUCCCAAUUACAGACCUCGCAGUCAGCCUCAGCCAGGUCAGCAGCAGCUUCAACCCAACCAGCUUUUUAGAAAUAAUUCUUCUCAAUCCAACAACCAACACAUCCAGCACAGCGACCAUGCAACAUUCAGUUACAAUAACACAACAGAGAUGCAACAACUACAACAUCAAAGUCAGUAUCCACCAAACUCAGGCACCAGUAACCUCAAGCAAUUUCAACCACAGCGGCCUAACAACCACUGCCACCAGCCCAACCAUGCGGACAUCUCCCAGACCUCGACACAGUCACAACCUCACUUAUCACAAGGCACGUUAAACCAACAGGUAUCAACACAGAUGUAUCCUAAAGCUGAACAGCAGCUGAAGAUAUCAUGCACUCAGUUCCAAAGGGGACCUCGACUACCUCUGGGACCUGUGGGUCCCCAUGGAGACUUUCAGAGGCAUGCAGCCCUACGUAUGCACCUGUUACAAAGGCAGGAGCGCCAGGGCCCUCCUCAUCCCCCUCAGAGCAUUAGUGACCCCAAACAUGGCCUGAGAGCUGUGAAAAUGGAAAACGGAACCACAUUUGAGCUGUCUGGUUCACAGCAGCAGGAGCAGCUGUUACAGAUGCAAGAGGCGGGCAUAGGUGGAAUGCAAGUCAAACAGGAGAAUCAGCAAUCCCUAUGCGAGCAAAGCAAAAGGCAGGGAAGCAUCUUGGCCUCUAUGGAACAAAGCCUGAGGCAGUACCAGCUUUCACCUGUGUUUGAAAAGAAAUCCCAUGUCAUCAAUUCAUCAAAUAAAGUCAAGGUGGAAUCUUCUGGGCCUGUCACAAUCUUGUCAACAAACACUGACCUGAGUGGAGUGGAAUCAUCAGCAGCUGCCUCAGCCAAUGUAGCUCUAAAGAAACCACCUGAUUUCGCCCCUAAGAAGGAACACCUCCUACAAAGCUUUAUGGACUCUCCUAUGAAGCUAUUGGAUACCCCUAUAAAGAAUCUAUUGGAUACCCCCAUGAAAACACAAUAUGACAUUGCAUCCUGCCACUGUGUUGAACACAUCAGUGAGAAGGAUGAAGGCCCAUACUACACUCACUUGGGGUCAGCGCCUAGUAUUGCCAGUAUACGAGAGGGGAUGGAGAAAAGGUCUGGUCUAACUGGUCGUGCCAUCAGGAUUGAGAAAGUAAUAUACACCGGCAAGGAAGGGAAAAGUACACAGGGGUGCCCCAUAGCCAAAUGGGUGAUUCGUCGAUCCAGUGUAGAAGAAAAGCUACUGGUGUUGGUGCGGGAACGUAGUGGUCACACAUGUGAGACAGCCUGCAUCAUUGUGGUAAUCCUGGUCUGGGAGGGCAUCCUGCCCAGCCUGGCUGACCGUCUCUACCUCGAGCUAAGUGAAACUCUAAGAAAGCACGGAGCCCUCACCCAGAGACGCUGUGCUCUCAAUGAGGAGAGAACCUGUGCAUGCCAGGGGUUAGAUCCUGACGCCUGUGGAGCAUCCUUUUCUUUUGGCUGCUCCUGGAGCAUGUACUACAACGGCUGCAAGUUUGCCCGGAGCAAAAUACCAAGAAAAUUCAAGCUACUAGGAGAUGAUGUGAAAGAGGAAGAGAAAAUUGAACACAACUUUCAAAAUCUGGCAACCUUAUUGGCUCCCUUGUAUAAAACGUUCGCACCUGAAGCUUAUGGAAACCAGGUGGAACAUGAACACAGGGCACCAGAUUGUCGUCUGGGGCUCAAGGAGGGCCGUCCCUUCUCUGGGGUCACUGCUUGUCUGGACUUCUGUGCCCACGCUCACAGAGACCUCCACAACAUGCAGGGCGGCAGCACUGUGGUGUGUACAUUAACAAGGGAGGAUAACCGAGAGAUUGGAAAGAUACCAGAGGAUGAGCAGCUUCAUGUACUGCCUCUUUAUAAGGCUUCCAAUACUGACGAAUUUGGCAGUGAGGAGGGUCAGCAGGAGAAAAUCAAGUCAGGCGCCAUUCAAGUCCUCAGUGCCUUCCGCCGCCAGGUGCGCAUGCUUGCAGAACCCGCCAAGUCUUGCCGGCAAAAAAAGCUGGAUGCUAAGAAGGCAGCUGCCAACAAGAAUGCCAUGUUGGAUAGCUCUAAUGACAAGGCAGAGAAGGCCCUCCUGGCCAAGUCAAAAGCUGGCACUUACGAGAAUACCUCGCAGAGCACGCCUAUGGCAGGACUUAUUCCAGGUGCUAUGGGAGCAACCCUACAGUCAGGUCAGCCAACACACCGCCUUGGGGCCCAUCAUCAGCAACUACAGCAAUUACAGCAACAACAGCACCAGAGCAUUCUUCCCCCUUAUCCUGGCACAACAAAUGCAGCCAGCUACCCCAGGUUCCCCAACCACCCUGGGUCUUUUCCAAGCACUUCCAAGCCAGGCAGCAUGUAUCCCCCUCAGCCACCAACACCAGCCAGCCCUUACCCCUCCCAGCUCCAUGUACCAAACUCUUACAUUAAUGGAUCACAUCGUCCAUACCCAGGUUAUCAAUGUAACGGAGGAAUGCCCCUUGACAGUUACCAUCCAUAUUAUGCUUCAAACCCAAAGCACCUCGACAUGUAUCGACAACAGCGGCCAGCACUUUAUUCAGAGCAGCAGUACAGUGUACAUCAACGUUAUGAGGUCAAUUAUCCGCCAAGGUAUGGUGAGCCAGGUUUACAGGUCAAUGGUUACAAUGCCUGCAGCAUGAGGCCAGUUCACCCCAUGAGACCUUAUGUCCCUUAUGGUCCUAAUGGAGCCUCAGACCCCCAGUUCCUGGACCCCCUCUCAAGCGCACCCUCAGCCCAUGGAGGUCUAGACUAUACAGCUGCUGUGAGCAAAGGCAAUCAGUUUGGAGGAUACCCAAAUCCAUACCUAUCUCGGAGCCCUCAAAUCUUGCCCCCUGGGCAAGAUCCUUUCCAUAUGCAAAUAAAGACAGAGAUGGGCAUGCCUCGCCCACAGAUGCUUUCUGCUCAGUUAAGUGGUGGGUGUUUAAACCCUGAAACACAGUCAGGGUUAGGUCUGCCCAAUGGGAGCCACAUGGGCUCUAGUAUUAAGCAGGAGCCUGGAACACCACAGACACCCACAACCACACAAAAGCCAGAGAUGUGGUCGGACAAUGAGCACAACUUCUUGGACCCUGACAUUGGUGGUGUGGCAGUGGCACCAAGCCACGGCUCAGUCCUUAUUGAGUGUGCAAAACGGGAGCUCCACGCCACAACGCCCCUUAAAAACCCAGACCGCAACCACCCAACACGCAUCUCUUUGGUCUUCUACCAGCACAAAAAUAUGAAUGAGGCCAAGCAUGGUUUGGCACUGUGGGAAGCCAAGAUGGCAGAGAAGGCUAGAGAGAAAGAGGAAGAUGCAGAGAGGAAUGGUGGUGAGGGGACACCUAGCAAGGGUAAGAAGGGGGUGAAGCGUGAGCAUCCAGAGUCAUCAGAAACCACUGGGGAGCCUCCUUACAAGCGUUUUAUCCAGGCACUAAUGGAGGGGUCCUUAUCAUGCACAACAAACACCUAUGUCAGUACAUCUCCGUACGCCUUCACCAAGGUCACAGGGCCUUACAGUCAGUUUGUCUAGAAAACAUUCAUGAAGAAGAAAAUUGAAGGUGCUUUAUUUAUGACAAACAAAGACCACAAGCACCACUGGCCUCAUCUAAACACUCCUUCUUAUCUGUAAGGUUAGCAAAAGUGUAGAAAAAGGAACCUGUGAUCAGAUGAGAUAUAAAUCACCUUUCACAUCAGGUCUUUCACCUCUAUAAUCAAGCUUUACUAGUUGACCCUACUAAGGAUGUAUUUAUUUUUAUUUGGCAACUUUUGCAAGAUACACACUGUCAAGAUCUCUGGUGCUUUCAGUCUGAUACAUAAGGACCUAUUUUUAAUGGAAACAAAGUUUCAUUUUUGUUUGCUUUAUUUUUCUUACAAAAUUUUGGAGAUGUCAUCUUGGCAUAAAACACUGACUUUGUAAAUGACAACAUUCACGGUGCUCAAGUGUGUGCUUGUUACCAUUUAUUUCAAUUCAAAUGCCUUCACACUAUGACCAGAACACUCUCUACAAGUGACACUCAGUGACUUAUGUCAACAGGACACUGAAAUCACCCCACUGUUGAAUCAUCAGCAUCUUAAUGGUUUUCGGCAAGUCAGUGUUUCUUACAGCACUUUUUAAUAAUGAGAGUUAAAUGUUUUGGUAAUACCUUUAAAUCAUAAAAUCUGGUUAUACUCUAUCGCUACAUUGAGAGUAAUUCAUUUCUAAGCAUCACUAAAUUAAAUUGAUGAAUUUAUAACAGAGUAUAUGUGUAUGAGCAAUCCAUGAAACUGUUUCAAGUACAUGCAAAAAGAUUUUUUAAAACUAUCAUUGUGUUGGUGCUUCUUUCACUUUCCUAUGUCAUUUAUACUGUAAAUUGAGCCAUUCUAAUGGUGCAUUUUUAACAUUGAGGAAAAAAAAAUCUACAUGUUUGUGUUAUUUUAGUUUUUUCCAGGUUUAUUUUAUUGUCAGCGACUGUUCUUAAUGUUCCUUACCUUAGGUUCAUUGAACAAACCUGGACUGUGAAUAUUACAUGUAGUUUUAUGUCUGUGGUGCUUAGUAAAUGUGCUUUUUAUACACUGAGGAACAUGAAACAGGGUAAGCUCAGUGUCAGUUUCAGAGGGCAGCUGGCUUGCUGUGGGGUCUUUAAUUAUUGCAAUCUAACUGUAAGAUAAACAGGUGAGAUAUGUACAGGAAGUUAAUUUCCCUUUUUAGAAUUACUGUUAUAGAUUUUGUGUUGUAAAGAAUGCUAACAGCCUAUUUCAUUGUAUUUCUUUGGGUUUCAACUGAUUUUAUAUCAUGAGGUGCUAUUCAACCUACUAGAAUCAUACAAUGUGAGACUCUUUGAGCAGUGAGAAGGCUUUUAAAUAAUGUACAGUACAAACCUGUCAUAUACCUCAAAACUAGUUUGGCAAUAUGAUUAUAACAUUUUUUUUUCUUCCUUUGUAUGUUACUUUCAAAAUGUUAACAGUUAAACUUCAGGCCACCAAAUGGCAUAAAAGUUCAUGUAUUACUUUUUUAUCAAUCUGGUAGAAACUGUUACUUGAACUUUAAUCUUUGAUGCUACUGUAAAAUCAGGGACAUUUUCAAUGUCAAUUUCAAUUUUGUGUACAUUUUCAUCGCCUGUAUUCAUCGUCUUUUUCUCAUUCAGGUACAUGCCAUUGCAUCCUGAAUCCGAUUCUCGUCUUCUAUACUUCAUACAAACAAAAAUUAUUUUGUGAGGAAAAGACACUUUCCUGCAAUUUUUUACUUAUAUUUUAGCUAGUAGGAUGGUGGUAAUCUUUUAAAAGUAAUUUGAACAUAUAUGCACUGAGUUGACUAAAGGGAAAGUAUAAUAUUAACUAAAAAAAGCUUAUGCUAUUAGGCAAGACCAGGGCAGUGAUUAACGUAGGUGCACAUUUUUGUGCCUGUGUAUAGUUAAAUUUAUUUAUAACCACUAAGCAAUUGUAUAAUGAUUUUUCUUCCCUGCCUAUUUGAUUUAAUUAAUGCGGUAUAUAAUGGAAUGACUGUCAUGUUAUAGUAACAACUUACCCCACUCUUGAACAUAUUCAUUUUCUGAAAGCACUUCAUUUCUUUUUCAGGAAAAAAAUAUGUAUUAAAGAAUUACAAAAUGUUUUAUUUAAACAGAUUGUAAAUGUGUUAAAAAAUAAAUAAAUUAUGUCACAUUGUACAUACCAAGAACCUGUAUUGCAGGAAUACAACUCAUUCUUUGAUGUUGAUGUAGGUUCUUCUUGUUCUGUCAAAUUGACCCACAGCUCCUCUAUCAGCAAUCCUCAUCAUAUCUUUAAAUAUCCUUUUGACUCUUUCAGGUUAAAAGAAUGAUCAUGGUUAGAUUAUCCAGGAAGUCUUUGUAAAUGUAUGCUCACUGUCACAGCAAUGUUUACAGUUAUAGUAUCCUAUUCACUCAGACAUUAGAAGUUUUAGUUUUUUUUAACUGAUCCAGUUUUGUAAAAUAAAUCUACAUUUUAAAAAAAUGUUGAAUUUUGUUGUACAGGACCCAGCUACAGUAGCAGGUUGUGGUUGAGAAAGCCAAGGUGUCUAAGAUAUAGCGGGUUAAAAGCAUAGCCAUACUUGAAGAUGCUUCAGAGUGUUUCUGAGUGAGUCAACAUUACUUGAAUGACUUUCUGGGUUUAACUAGUGCACUAUAUGUGCCAGCUCAAAGGUUAAGCUAGCAGUUGAUACACACUUUUUGCAGUUAGACACUAACGGUGUAAAAAACAAUGUGCAACUUUUUAUUCAUUUUAUUUUUUAAGGCUUCCCUUGUUCUCCUGAAGUUUGGUAUGCUACAAAAAAUGGAAAUAAGGAUGGGUAUUAAUACUGUAAGUAUUGUAAUGUACUGAAUGCAGUUUAUUUGAAAGCUGUUUAUUAUAUCAUUCCUGAUAUUGCUGAGAUGUGGGUGUUUUUUUUAAUAAAAUUUAUAUUUAUUUAAAGCAAA